AUGAAUACAUGGGAAAGACAUGGCAGUGGUUGUCGUCCUGAUGCUCCUGGAAUUGACCUUUGGUUAUCAAGGCUGGGAUAUCCUGAGCCUGAUCAGCAAGAUGAAAAUGCUAGUGAUUCUUCAAGCAGCAAAAGAAACCAUAACUCCGCCGCUGUUGGUGGGGUUCAAGGAGCUCGCAGUAUGGCCUCUCAACAGAAUAAUUGUGGAACAGAAGUUAUAUCUAGAGCAACAUAUCAAACCCAAAAGACUGUUGGCAACUCUUACCAACCUGCUCAGGAAGUCAGUUCUAAUCAAAAUGCUUCAAAUGAUAAACUUCAGAAGACUGUUAAGCCAGAAAUCAUGGAAGUCAGUUCUAAUCAAAAUGCUUCAAAUGAUAAACUUCAGAAGACUGUUAAGCCAGAAAUCAUGGUGAAUAAUAUUCACGGAAGGCAUCUCUUUGCCAGGACACGGUCAAGCCCUGAGCUUACUGAGACAUAUGGUGAAGCUCUUUCGCAGCAAAGGCGUAACAGAGCCCCGGAAGCUGGAAAACGCCAAACUAAUUCUGUGAGGGCUGAUAGUACCAGGAAAAAGAAUCUGGAGUCAAAUUUGUCAAGCAAUAUCAGACACGUGUCUGACUCAACAUCAAAUAGGCAUACUCCAUCCCCUCGAAGUCCUGAUAGCACUGCUGACAUGAGCAGUGCAGUGAACAGUUAUUAUGAUGAUUUAGGUUCAGUUUCCGUGAAUGAAGACUUCUCUGCCGCUGGUGAUCAGGGAAUGCAACAGGAAGAGCAAGAUCUUGUGAACUCCAUGGCAACUCUUACUGGGCAAGGUUUUAAUGGACAGUUCCCUUUUCCUUAUAAUUUUGCUACGGGCCACUUGCCAUUUCCAAUUACACCUUCCAUGUUAGCUUCAGUGGGAUAUGGUCAGAGGAACGUGCCUGGUAUUGUUUCUUCUAACCCUCCUUUCACCGAGACACUUUGGAGUACUAAUAUGCAAUUUCCGCAAAACUUUGCUUCUUCACCAUUUACCCAUUAUUUUCCCAGUGGAUCCCAUCUAAAUCUAGAAAAGCUGAGAAAAGCUGGUAAUGAAGCUAUGGGGUCUCCAGAUAAUGUUGACGAGUCUGACCAUGAACUCUGGCACAAGCAAGAAAGGGGUCCUCAUAGUUUUGGACUUGAAAUUGGUAGUUAUGGCAUGCAUCAUGCGAAUGAUAAACAUCAUCAUCGCUCAUCAACUUUCCCCAAUUUUUGGGAGGUUUUACGAAGAAAUACGUACGGAAUCUAG